AUGGCAAAGAUCUCCUUCUUUCUUUUCGCUUUGGUUCUUAUCGCCUCUCUCCACGCUUAUGAAGCUCACCGCGUGGGAAGAUUCCUUGAAGAAGACUUAAAGGCCAAGAAAACGAGCGAUCAAGGUUUGCCAUCUCAAGUAGAAACGCUGAGCAACUCCGAACAGAUGCCGAGCGCCCCCGUGCUAGCCCCGGAGCUGGCCCCGACGCUGGCACCGGCUCAGGCGCCUUCUGAAAAGAAACUCAAGAAAUUCAACAGGCUAAACAUCAGGAGAUCACCUGCGAGAAACAAAAAACCAGCAUCCAUAAUCCAGUCGAUCUUGAAGGAUUUCGGAUUAAACGGAGGGAGGAAUUGA